AUGAUGCUGGGCAAAACCCUUGGCGCGACCCUAGUCGCCCUUAUCUCCCUCAGCUCAAUCGUCUCUACAGUGACGAUCCAGAAACCAGGUCUCACUCAGUCGCAACUCUCCAAAACACGCGCAAAGCAGAUCAAAGCUGCCUAUCGCACAUCCUACCAAGCCUACCUCAAGUACGCCACCGGUCACGAUGCGCUUCUGCCCCUCAGCGACGGCUUCGCCGACCCUUUCGGCGGUUGGGGUGCCAGCGUAGUCGAUUCCCUCAGCACAUCCUUCCUGAUGGGUCAUCGGGAUCUCUAUGAUCAAGGUGUCGAAUACUCGAAGCGCAUCGAUUUUACCAAGACUUCCUCCAGCUCCAUCUCGUUGUUCGAGACCAACAUUCGCUACCUCGCCGGACUCAUUUCGGCUUACGAGCUGGGUGGCAAGAAGGAGCAAAAGUUGAUUGAUCAGGCCAAAGUCGUGGGUGAUCAUCUGAUCACCGGUUGGUUGGGUACCAAUCCACUACCGUGCAAUACGUUGAAGUGGAACAAUUUGGCGACACCGGACUCGUGCGAUUCGUCGGGUAUCGCAGAGGCGGGGACGUUGAUUCUGGAGAUGGAUCGAUUGAGCAAGUACACGGGCGAUCAGAAGUACCUGCAGCUGGCGACGAAGAGUAUGAAGGCGAUUGCACAGUCGAAGGGUGUCUUUCCGGGAUUGUUCCCGCAAGUGUAUGAUCCGACGACGGGACAGCCGAAGGAUGAUUAUGUGACGUGGGGCGGUGGAAGCGACUCGUUCUUCGAGUACUUGAUCAAGUACGCGUACUUGACGGGUGAUGACAAGAGCAUCUGGGUGAACACGUGGGUUGAUUCGGUCGCUUCGAGCAUUCAGCAUCUGGUGGAACACCCGGAACAGACGCAGGCGAGUCAGCUGACCUACUUGACGGAUUACUCGGCGUCGAACGGUGGCAACUUGCCGAGGUGGUCCCAUUUGGGAUGUUUCGCAGGUGGGAACUGGAUCUUGGGAGCAAAGAUGAUUGGAAACGAUGCGUUUGACGCGUACGGCCAGGCGCUGACUGGUGCGUGUGCGAACACGUACACUUCGAGCCCAUCGGGCAUCGGCCCGGAGAGCUUCGUCUUCAUCGGUCAGGGCAACAACACGAACGGUAUAACGAUCAACGAUGCCGCUUUCUACCGUCAACACGGAUUCGACUUUGAGGUGACGCAGUACAUCCUUCGACCCGAGGUGAUGGAGUCGGUCUUCUACGCCUACCGAACGACGGGCGAUACCAAGUGGCAGGACAUCGCGUGGGCUGCUUGGACGUCGAUCUACCGCAACUGCCUGGUGAAGCAGAACGGUGCGCUGGCGGCGCUGGCGGAUGUCAACUCGACGAGCCCGACAAAGCUGGACGAUUCGGAGAGUUUCUUGUAUGCGGAAACGUUCAAGUAUCUGUACUUGAUCUUUGCGGAUCCGAGUAAGGUGGAUCUGGACAGGUAUGUGUUGAACACCGAGGCGCAUCCGUUUGAGAUUGACCAGCCGGGUAAGGGUGGGUAUGCGGCGAAGAAGGUGGAUGUCAGGCCGGUGGGGGAGAAGGCGGGCAAGAAGGAGAACGGGGUGAAGAAGCCGAGUGAGACGAAGGACGUUCCGAUGCCGAUGUUCAGCGGAUUGCCUGGGUUGAACUUGCCGCUAGGGGGUGGAGGGAACACGUUGGGAAAUGUGUUGGGAUGGACGAAGAGGGAUGGUCUGAAGAAGCAUAGGAGAGGGAAGACGCACUGA